CGGAAACAGACUCAAACAUUGUUGACAACUGUAGCUGGUCAGCAAACUUCUCCAGCUCUCACAACAAUGGAGCCGUGCACGUUACUUCCUCUGGGUUAACUGUAGCUUCCAUUGGUAGUCACCAGGGUUAGCUAACUAAUGACCCGGGUUAGUUAGCAAGCAAGGUCACAGACUCGACUCCUAACGCGUCUGAGCCUCUGUAGCUUGACGUCAGUUAGCUAGCAGGGCUCAGCUACAGUUAGCAGCAGCAGCAGCAGAAUGGGCGAUGGCAGCAUCACUCCCCGGUUCGGAAACAUGAAGGCGCUGCUCGGGAUUGUUGCCGGAGCUGGAGCUUCCUACGGGAUUUACAAGCUCAUCAGCGGAGGCAACUUCAAGAGGAUCAAGAAAAGCACCACCAGUGACACCCCUGCUGUCAGGAGCGGUCAGCCCGGGGAUGGAGCUCUCCAGCCGGGCAGCCUGCUGGCUAAAGUGUCCGGACUGGACGUUGUCUGUCCACGACCUGCGGAUGCUGCAUCAGGUGGCAUCAUCCAUCAGUCCCCUGGAAACCUGGAGCCCCAGCACCUGAAAAUGCUGCUGUCAUGUCUGCAGAGCAGCAAUAAUCCCUCUGACAGAUGUCGGAUCCUGCUCACGUUAGGAAACGCUGCUGCCUUCACUGUGAAUCAGAACCAAAUACGGGAAUUUGAAGGGAUUCCUAUCAUCGCCGGCUUCCUCUCAGAUCCUGCUGCAGAGGUUCGAGUGCAGACUCUGACUGCUUUAAAUAAUCUCUGUAUGAACAUCCAGAACCAGGAGCAAAUCAAGGUUUAUGUGCCACAAGUGCUGGAGCUGAUUGAGAUGUCCCCGGUGAAUUCGGACCUUCAGCUUGGUGCUCUCAGGCUGCUGACAAACCUGUCAGUCACAGACAAACACCAACACUUGCUAAAAGACUCCAUUACACUGUUACUUUCUCUUCUUGUUGUGAGCAAUGAACCAUUACAGGUUCAGGCUUCUAAAGUCCUUGUGAAUUUGUCCUCUAAUCCAGAUAUGAUGGAUGACAUUGUUCAAGCUCAGGCUCCAGCUUCUGUUGUGCUCCUGUUUGACGCACGAACAGCCCCUGCAGUGCUCCUGCGCCUGCUGACAUUUGCGGGGAACUUGAAGGCCUGGAGGCCCUCGGCCCAGGUAGCAGAUGAGCUGAGGCGGAAGCAGGACUGCCUGUUCCGAGUCAUGUUGGAUGAAUCCUCCCAGCUCCACAGCAGGCUGGUCCAGCUGCUCUCACACCCCGAUGGGGAGAUUCAGGCCCACGUGGCUCGUAUCUUGACGUAGACUUCUCUGUCUGCACUCCUCAUCCGUGCACUGCUUUUGCUUCCACACACUUUGCCAAAGCCAUCAACCUAUCACACUUAAAGUUGAAUUAUAAAUCGGUUGACAUUAAGAGCAGGCUGUGUAGCUUCCUGUGGAUACUCAGCUUCCACUCCCACACACAUUACCCACAGUCCCCAGAUCAAUAUUAUUACCACACAAAACUAAAUGAUCUGUUCCACCUCACCUGCCACUCCCCCUCCCUUAAUUUACAGUUGCUUGUGAUUUAUUGAUGAGCAGAGAGUGAGCAGGAAGCAGGAAAAAAAAAAAAACCUUCUCCCUGUUUUCUUCCUGCCACCAACACACUGUUUUCCUUCGAAGCUCCACAGUGCCCUUCCUUCUUAACCCCACUGCUUCCUUCUCUGAAGAUCUUUUCCAGGGGAAAUUUCUGAACCCAAAACCACUGCCACAAGUUUUCUAGAGAACGUGUCUGUAUGACCUGUGCAGCAUGACCCAAUACACCACCCCCUGUGGUUGAGAGAGACGCUUCUUAUUGGGAGAGCUGGUUUCUUGUUGCACUCCUCAGCAUGCCUUGGAAACACCAAUGAAUGGGUGUACUACAGCUCCAGUCCUUGUUAAUCUAUUGACAUGUUGGAUUUCAAUACUAUGCUCUUAUUUCCAACGAAAGUAAGAUCAUUUGUCUGUUUAUUUCAUUUAGAAAUGAGCUUAAACCCCAGUGGAGAUGGUCUCAGUCUCUGAGUCUAUGACAAGAAGAAGGGUUCAGUGAAGGAGGAAGGUUUGGAAGUUGAAUCACUGCCCUCCCUGCGUUAAGAAAAGCUACCUGACGUGUUUAUGGAGCUUGGUUAGAAGGCCACCUGGGUAAACCUUGUACACCAACCACAGCUGCCUGUACUCGGACACGACCGGUGUUAUUGAAUGUCUCUACUGGCCGACAACCACCUGCGAAUCCUCCAGGGAGGAGCUGGAGGAAGUUCCCAGGGAAAAAGGAUGUCUGGGCCGCGACGAUUGUUUUACAGUUACCCCAAUUUAAAUCCAAAUGGAGGAGAGGUCGACCUUGGACAAAGCAGUAAUGAUAAUAGCUGUGAUUUCUGUUUGUGAAAAACUUUAUGCAUAAAAACACUAGCUUGUUGAAUGACAGCAAUGAUUGAAUUAUAAAUAAAAGCCUUGGUAUGUUAGGUUGUGCUCUUGCUGCAAUAAGACAGGUCCCAAGUGAUAGAUCCACAUUUUUAGCUGCAGGACUGAAGCUGUGGACACAUCUGCUCACUUGUAUUUACACAAAGGAGGAAGGGUGACGGUUCAUACCUCUGACUUGCAUGAAAAGUGAUGAUUAUCUCAGAAUAUGAUUUUUUUUCAAUGCAAGGAUUUUAUGGCAUGAAUCGGUCCAGGUGUAUAGAAAUGCUGCACAUUAUCGAUGUUUGGACACUGACUUUAUUUGAGCACAAAUCUGAAAUAUCUCUCAGGCAAUAUACUUUUACUAGAAAAGAUAGAGCAGGAGGAGGGUGGUUUCCUUUUGACCUAGAUUAUCAUAUUUAUUUAAUGAAGUUAGACUGAAUUUGACAGAUGAAAUGAGACGUGUAUGUGUGUUUGAAUGGUUGAAUAAAAACCUUAUGACGUA